GGCAGCUCAGCGGAUCAGUCGGACAGUCGUGUGUGUUUCCUCCGGUUGUGUAACGCAGGCCCAGAGUUUCCCCUCCGGGCCUCCGGAGCGGCUCCGUCUCUCCCCUUUGUCUGCUUCCUGCUCCUCGGAGGUGGGAGCGCGGCGCGGCGCGGCGCGGCUCGACUCGGCGGCGGAGGACCUGCACAUGUCGGCUCCGUUUGUUUCUCCGCCCUGAUAUCUGCUGGAGGACGGCGGCGGGAGGAGGAGCAGGUGGAGAACAAUCACCGAGCCGCAGGGAGUCCAAUAGAAAUAUCUGAAUGUGUUGAUCAGAGGAGCGGCUGAGGGAACCAGGAGAGGAUGCGAUAAAACCAGAGAGAAGGACGAGAGUGAUGCGGCAGCCGAGGUGGGCCCAGACUGAUGAUUUCAUGAUAUCAUCAUCCACCGCCAGGACCGGAUCCGAUUAAUAAGGAGGAUAAACCACAAACUGAUCGGGAAUCUGUGUUUUUGUUUUAAUCUCUCUGGGAUAACCAGGAGGCGCUCUGCGGGUUUUCCUCACCAGGCUGUUAUUAUCCUGAAUGAACAUCCACGUUUAGGCCGAUGACCGAGGCUGGAGCCUGUGUGACGCCAGUACAGCAGCAGAGGUGUGUGUCUGAGCAUCACUGGGAAGGAGCCGCCAGCCCAUUUCUAUCUGUGCGUAAAACAAACCAGGAGAUUCAGGCGAUGCGGCCAUCAGUCCGGCUCUCCUAGAGGCGCAAACCAGGACCGGACCUCCAGAGAUAUUCCCCCCCUCCCCUGCGCAUUUACAUCCUAAUCAACUGAUUAUCCAUCUGUGAUUCACAAAGCCACCCACUCCAUCCAUCCACCCACCCACCCACCCACCCAUCCAUCCUCCGUUACGCGCUCCACAUCUGCAGCCGUCAUGGAGACCACCAAGCUGCCCCCGUCCAGCCCCUCCUCGCCAACCACCAGCUUCUCGGUGCCGUCCGCGGAGAAGGUGGACGGCUUUCCGCGCAGGUCGAUGCGCAGAGCGCGGCAGAGGAGGUCCCACAGCUCGUCCCAGUUCCGCUACCAGAGCUCCCAGGUGGAGCUCACCCCGCUGCCCCUGCUCAAAGACGCCCCGGUGGCAGAGCUACAUGACCUCUUCUGCAAGAAGCUGCAGCAGUGCUGCGUGCUGUUCGACUUCCUGGACUGCGUGGCCGACCUGAAGGGGAAGGAGAUCAAACGUGCGGCGCUUAACGAGCUGGUGGAGAGCGUGGCCACUAGCAGAGGGGUCCUCAUCGAGCCUCUCUACCCAGAGGCCAUAAAGAUGAUCUCAGUAAACAUCUUCCGCACGCUUCCUCCCAGCGAGAAUCCAGAGUUUGACCCUGAGGAAGAUGAGCCGACUCUCGAAGCCUCAUGGCCACAUCUGCAGCUGGUGUACGAGUUUUUCCUGAGAUUCCUGGAGAGUCCGGACUUCCAGCCAUCCAUGGCUAAACGCUACAUCGACCAGAAGUUUGUCCUGCAGCUCCUGGAGCUGUUCGACAGCGAGGACCCCAGGGAGAGGGAGUACCUGAAGACCAUCCUGCACCGCGUCUAUGGAAAACUACUGGGCCUCCGAGCGUACAUCCGCAAACAGAUCAACAACAUCUUCCUCAGGUUCAUUUAUGAAACUGAGCACUUCAACGGCGUGGCGGAGCUGCUGGAAAUCCUGGGCAGCAUCAUAAAUGGCUUCGCGCUGCCGCUGAAAGCUGAACACAAGCAGUUCCUGGUGCGGGUCCUCAUCCCGCUACAUACAGCAAAAUCCCUCUCCAUCUUCCAUGCACAGCUAGCGUACUGUGUGGUGCAGUUCAUGGAGAAAGACGCUACAGUGACCGAAUACAUCAUCAGGGGGCUGCUCAAGUACUGGCCCAAAACCUGCACUCAGAAAGAGGUGAUGUUCCUGGGUGAGAUUGAGGAGAUAUUGGAUGUGAUAGAGCCGUCGCAGUUCAUCCGGAUCCAGGAGCCUCUCUUUAAGCAGAUAGCAGCCUGCAUCUCCAGCCCUCACUUCCAGGUAGCGGAGCGCGCUCUUUACUUCUGGAACAACGAGUACAUCCUCAGCCUGAUAGAGGAGAACUGUCAAGUCAUCCUGCCGCUGGUGUUCGCCACGCUCUACAGAGUCUCCAAGGAGCACUGGAACCAAACCAUCGUGUCUCUGAUCUACAAUGUGCUGAAGACCUUCAUGGAGAUGAACAGCAAACUGUUUGAUGACCUCACUGCCUCCUACAAAGUGGAGAAACAGAAGGAGAUGAAGCGGGAGCGGGAGCGUACCGACCUCUGGCGAGGCCUGGAGGAGUACCAGGAGCGGCGCAUGCAGAUGCUAACGGAGGCCGCCAGGAACCAGCGCAACCUCCAGGAGCGGGGCGAGAGAGGAGACCCGCUGAGCCCCUCGUCCGCGCAGACGGCCCAGUCCGACCAGCCCGAGCCCAAACCCAGCGGCGCUUCCACCGGAGCCGGGGAGAGCGCCACCUAGGCGCCGCUGCACACAGGAGGGGGAAUACUGGGGAAAGGGUGGUGGGACUUGAGGUUGGUGGUGAAAGUGUUGGGAGACAGAAAAGGUAUAAAAUCCGUUGUUUUUAUCUUGUAUCAUGGAGGUGGCAGCUUCUUGUACAAAGGUGCGAUCUCUGUGAUGCAAAAGCUGUACCUUCUUUCCGACAGCGUUGUGUGAAACUGGUUCACUUUUAGCUGUACAUGUUGCAGAUCAGAACUCCAAACAGGUGCAGACUAUCACAUUACUUAAUAUCCCGUUUAGUAAACUGCAAAACUAGAGACGAAAAAAAGAAACUCUUUAGGAGUCCAACUCGUCUCGACAUUUGACCAACAGAGUCCGUAUUGUGGCCUCCUCUUUAUCUUUUUGGCUGAAAGAUGCUAACUCCUCGUGUGCAUAGCACAAAAACAGAUGAAGCAAUUUCACACAAAUGUCCCAAAGCGAUCGCUGCACACAAGCAACCCACAAACAACCCACAAACAACCCAUCAACAUGUAGGUAUUUGCUGUAAAUAUCAGAGGAAGGAGCUGUGGAGACGAAUCUCACAAACAGAACACCUGCACACACACAGAUUUACUCAGACACAAACAGCCAGGUGUGGCGCUGACUCCUCCCACUCUUCUGGGCGCCACCCACAGAGCACCUUAUUGACAAAGGUGAUGACUCUGGUAUAAAGUACAAUAUUGUUCCUUCUUCUUACUUGUUACUCUACUACUACUACUCUACUCUAACUACUACUGAUGAUGAUGUUUUUAUAUAUAUAUUAAUAUAUAUAGAUAUACAUACGUCUGGAUAUUUCUGUAGUGUAUUAUGGAAGAAACACUAGUGUAGCAGAAUCCAUAAAAAGGGGAAGGCCGACUGGAAAUCCUAAUUUUUACGCAGUGUGAGGCCAUAAUGUGAGUGCUGAAAUUCAGCAGAAUACCCCUUUAACAGACCUUAACGAGGGGGAAUGAACUGGACGGGCAGCAGCUGUUUUUCUUUACCUUUGAAAUGUUGGUGACGUGCUGCAAGCAUCAUAGACCGCAUUGGGAUUUACUAGAAACAUACAUGUAUAUGAGAAAAACUCAACACAUUCUUCCUCUUUUUCUGUAAUUGAAGAGAAAAAGUAGCAGCAAAAUAAUGCGAAUGAAGUACACUUACUGAAUUAAUCAGUAGGAAAUGUGGCCAUUUCUAUAAAGGAGGAGUUUUAUCAAGUUUUUAGGUCUGGAGCAAGAUGGUGGGUGUUAAUUAACACAACACCAAAUCGGAAAGAGAUCAGCAGUGACCUUUAGAGAAGCAAACGUGCUGCACUCCCUUCCCUACAGAAGCACUUAACUGCCAGAUCUUGGAAAGAAAAUUAAGAGCGAUAUUUAGUUAGAAUGAGAAUUUUUUGUGAUUAAAACGAAAAGUUUUAUUUCUUGUUAUAAGGAGAUGCAAUAUGUGUUAAUACGAGAAAAUUUCUUGUUAAAACAAAGCUUUGUCAUUAUAACAAGAUGCAAAACUGGUUAAAACAAGAAAUGUUUGGCGAUAAUGAGAUGCAAAAAUGUUAUUAUGAGAAAGUUAGAAAGUUACUUGCUAUAUAUGAGUUUUUUUAUCUUGGUAAAAGGAAAUGUAAAACGUGGUAAAAGGAGAAAGUUUCUCAAAUGUAAAAAUGCUUUUCUGACAGAUUACAUCUCAUUAAAAAGGCGUAAAGUGGCUCACUACAAUUCUCCUUUUUCCACUGGAUGACUUCUGAACAUCUCAAGAUAUAUUUCUAUUUACUGUCACAACCUUUCUUACUUAAAUGAGAAGAUAUUUUGGUUUUAAUAAGAUUCAAAUCUUGUUAUAAAUAAAACGUAAUAAAACGUUUUGUUGAUUUAACAAGAUGCUGCUCCUGAAUGUAUUUCCAAGUUCUGGCAGUUAAAAAUUUCCGUACUCCUCAACAAAACAAAGCUAAACAAAACGUGUAUGGAAAUAAUGACGAGCGCAUAAUUUGGGCUGCGAUGGAGUUUUAUCAGUUUUGUCAUCUUAAGUGUGCAUGUGUUUAACAUCAAAUUAGUUUUUUCCAAAGCUUCCUCCUUAAUUUUAAAUUCAGCACUGCUUAAGCAUUCAUUGUCACUCCAUGAUCUGUCCUAAAGGUACGAUCCAUUUGCACAAAAGAAACAGUUCUAAAAAUCACCUACAAAGCUCAACAUAUUUAUUUAUAUUAAUUAAAAUUGCUUUAAGAGAAUUGAUUUUCCUAGACAAUAUAAUAAUUUUCUUAACAAAUUCUGAUUAUCAUCAUUUAGUUAGAAGAUUAUAAUUCAGUGGCAUUGUGUUGGACUCAGGGGACUGUCAGAUAUUUACGCUGUUGAUGCAACCUCUGAAAGACUGAAUUAUCUUCAUUUAUCUUAUUUCUUUUACGCCACAUAUUAUUUUUAUGAUUACCAUGAAAUACAAAAAUUAAAAAAACAGAUAAAAAUUGCCUCCCAGUUGGUAGUAUUUCUUUAAGCACAUGUGCAAAACAUACAAAUCAUGCUACAUACAUGUUAGCUAGGUGCCAUCUUCUUCACUCCAUCCUGAAUGAAAUGCAGCCGUCUCUCUACUGCCACCAGCUGGUAAAGCUGGAAAUGCAGCCCAACUUACUAAUAAAACUGUUUGCUGCUUUGCUGUAAUUAGGAUGAACUCAUAAUGAGAACAAUAGUAGAUUUAAUGCAGCAGUUUGGUUAAGAAGGUCUAUGACAAAUGAAGCGCACCACAGCGGUUUCAAACUAAAAGAAAAAAAGAGAAAAAGCGCUGCAGUCCGGUUGGAUUUCCGAACCCGGAGCGUCUGUAAGUCCGGCCGACCCGAAGCUGCUAGAAGGUGACCGUGGAGAUGAAAACGUUUUUCAUUGUGAAUCCACAGAAUCAUUGUUCAUUCUUGUCUGAUCAUUAAAAUAGAGUAGUGGGAUGAAGAGAGGGGAGAAAAACAGAAAAAAGUUAUUUUAGCAAUAUUUUCAUUCUUUCAGGAUAAUCUGUGUGUUUGUAGGGAGUCAGACAGGAUAAAAGAAACUCUUGUUUUAUCUCCUGCUGCGUCCGUGAUAUUCACAUUGUCUUAAGGUACAUUAUUUGUAAAUUUGACGAGAAAUGAUUUUGCUUUGUAAUUAUGUUGUUUAUUUUAUUGUCUUUUUGUAUGACUUUGUUCAUUUGUGGGGGGAAAGAAUCAAUUCUGAUGCUAUUUAUUUUCUAUUUGAUCAGGAAAUGUAACCUUAUUUGGAGGUGAUGUUCAGGUUGUGGAUGCGUGUGUGUGUGUGAGUGAGUGUGUGUUUUCAGUGAGAGAAUCGGUGAGCAGAAGACGAGCAUAGAAAGAGUGACAGGUUGAGAGGAAGAAGUUUUCUCUUUGUUUCGUUUUCUCUCUCCUCUCCUUUUUUAAGGGAUUGGAUGUUUGAUUCUCGAAUGUACCGCACGAUGUAAGUGAUUGUUUCUUUUUUUAAAUGCUAAAAACGCAGAGCUACCUGUCAGCUGCUUUGUGGCAAACCUUCAGAAACUCUUACACUCACCAGAUCAAGCCUGAAUCAACAAAGUUGUGAAAUUCAUUUUAUUUGCAGCUUUAGGAGUAAAGUUUCCACUUCCUCCGGGUGAAGUAGGAUUUUAAAUUGUCUUAAUUUAUCAACAUCACCCAAAAUUAAACUCAGUUCAGCCUCUUUAUAUUAUUCCAGUUCAUUGCAAAUAUCAUCCUGGUCACUUAGCCUUUUAAACAUUUUGUACCAUUGCAGCUCUGGUCGUUUCAUACCGUAUUUUGUAAAUCACAACAUGGUGGCGUUUACCACAGAACAUUUUGUUUCAAACAGUUUUUUCUAAAGUUUUUGACAUCCAACUAUUUACAAAAACUCUCCAUGUUCUGCUCUGAGUUGGCUGUAAGGUGUUUUUGUGACUUCAAUAAGCGGGUCAAUUGGGGAUCAGAACCCUAAUAUAUGGAAACAGGGUGUAACACAAUGCUUUUAGAUCACAUUAAACAAUUAAAUGGAAUUAUAUUUGAUAUUUGAACAUUUUUAUGACAGUUUAUCUCAAAAGGUCAUGAGAAUACAACAAUGAAACAUAAACUGAUGGCUUAACCUCUAGCUACCUGAAUUUCUUUGCAACCAUAUACAUAUUUUUUGUCUGUUUCUGUGUCAAACUCAUUCUUAAUUAAGCUUAGAUUUAUCAUUAGAAUAUAGUGCAUAUAGAAUAGGGAUGAAUAUGGGUAAUUGCAUGCAAAUUUUCCAACUUAGGCCUAAUUUGGCAAAACUCAUCACUAGGUGGGAGCAAAGAUGAUUACAAUCUGAUAUUUAAAAUGUUUUGAGUUUUAAUCGACAGACACCUUUGGUAUACAUAUGCCAGCUGUGUGGUGGUUUGAGGUUUAUUUGAAACAACAUACGGUAAAGUCAAAAGCUACAAAAUUGUUUUUUUAAGGGAAGAAGUGGGGGAAGGAUGGCAUGAACUGGCAACACAUUGGGAAGAAAUGUGGAUACAAAUUGGUGAAUUGACUUGAUUAUUUUAAUUUCAUCCUAAAGAGUUUAAAUAAAUCUGAUUAUAAUUCAAGUUACAUAUAUUAGUGGUUGGUUGCAAUUUCAAAUACAAAGAAAGUUGUUUUUACUAUCUAGCGUAGUUAAGCACUACCCUUGAACAAAUAGUCAACAACAGAGAUCCUAAACUCAGAUUUGGAUGCAAUAAACUCAUAACCCAAACAGCAAACAGCCAAUUUAUUGAGUUGCAUAACUAACAGUUUUCUGGGUAGAGUUGUAACACUUUUUUUUUUUAAACUCCAUAAUCUCUCCAUCUAUCGAGUCAGAGAAUAAAGAAAAAUUGAAAAGCAAUGCAUGAAACACCUUUCUUAUGUGAAAACACACCAUAGCACUUCUUGUUUCUCAGUUGAGCUUCAGGUCUUGUCAACUUCAGGUUUCACUAAGAAACUCUAGCUUUGCUGAUCUUAUCUCACAGAAUAAUCCACUGGUAAGAUAUUGACAGCUGAUGCAACUUUGCAGACCCUGCUUCAAAUUAAAACCAGAAUUAUUAUCCCUUUAACAUUCUGGUUGAGGUAAAACAUCAAGAAAAAACAAAAAAAUAUCCAAACAUAAGAAACAGACAUUUAAUUAUCUGAGUCAAAACAACAACGACUUUAAAAAUGAAUCAAAUGUUGACCUAAAUAUUAUCUUGAUUUCUACAAAGCUUUUAAAAUUAGGCAGGAAAAUGUUUUUCUUUUAAAAAAAAGUACAUUAGUGAGCUCAACACUUACAAUUUUAACAUUACCUCAUAACAGAAUCUGGGAAAACUUGCAUAGCAGUUUUAGGUCAAAUGUUAAUGAAUGCUGUUGUUGUUAUAAUAAAACAGUUAAAAACAAACUUAUUCUCUAACCUGGAAACAUUCAGAUGGAUUUCAAACUUUGUCUUGAUUCAGGAAAGCAACAAUUAAAAAACACAACUGAUGUAAGCCAAGACAAAAAUCUCACCUUUCUGGCAUAAACAAUUUUUUUUUUUUUUUUUUUUUGACAUUUUUAUUUAAAUUUUUUAUAUUGUUUUGACUUGAAAACUAAAAAAAAACAAAAAAAAAAUAUUUGCUUGUUUCUGUCUCCAGGAAAACAAAACCCCAGCUCUCACUGCUCUCAGAUUUUCUGAGUAUUUGAUAAAUUCACCUUAAUCCAGCCCUAAUCCAAGACGACAAGUGAGAGAGGAGAGGGGAGUGUUUUCAGAGCGCACCCAACAGGCAGACGUCUCAUGUUGAUUUCACUGACUGUCAUAUUUCUACAUUUUGGCCAUGUUUAUUGAGCCAAAUUACAUUUAAAAAUGCUUUAAAUCAGAGGGGUGAUGCUAUGGGACUGAAUGAUAACAGGCAGUAAGGAUUAAGCAAAAGGAGGAGAGACGGAAAGAGUUUGUACAUGAAAGCAUGGCAAUAAGUCAGAGCAACAGAACGAGAAUAUAAUGUUAAUAAAAACUACAACUGCGUUACGUAGCAAUUUCACAGAACGUCUAGAUUUGCACUGUCUGCCCAAUGAUCUGUGUUUGUUUUGUUGAUGAUAAAAACAAUAGAGAGGAUGAUAGAGAGGUUGGAAAAGAUGUAUAUUUUGGGGACCAACACAUCAGUGGGAGGGAGGGGGGUUUGAAUGUAGAGAAGCUUACUACUGUACGUAAUAACAUAACAACAAGGGGAAGUAGACUGGAGAAAAAAAAAACAUCUAUGUGCUAAAAAAACAAAAUGAAAUUUCACUUUGAGAAAACAU